AUGUCGAAAACGACGUUUAGGUACAGUUCUAGACAAAAAGUUCCACUUAGAACAUUAAAUAGACAGGCUGCAAAGAGAUCUAGAUCAGCUGCAGCUGAUGAUAAUACAAUUGUAUUAAAGCAAGAAUCUAGCGCAUUUAUUUUUGAAAACAGAAUCAAUUAUGAAGAAGUUAGUAAAAGCAGUACGGAUACAGACACCAGUGAUGAUAAUAAUGAUGAAGAAUCUAGUAAAAGCAGGAACGAUACAGACACCAGUGAUGAUGAUAAUGAUGAACGGAGAAGUGGUGAUAGUUGCAAUGAGCAAAUAAUUGAUGAUUGUCAUAGCAAUUUGAUAUUUUAUUCAAUACCAGUUUUGAACAGUUAUUUAGAGGAAAAAUACUUUCAACAUCUGAUGCUUUUGGUUAUAGGACUAUUUGAUUUACUGCAGGAUAAAAUUUUAAUACAACCAGAUCUACAAUGCGCUGAAAAAUUGCUAGACUUAUUUGUAGAACAAGCUCCUAAACUUUAUGGUGACAGGGUGAUGACAUAUAACUUUCACCUGGUGCGACAUCUUGUCCUUUUUGUGAGACGAUGUGUGAGAUCAAUUUCAGCUUUUCCAUGGGAAAACCAAAAUGGAUACAUUGCGUUCAUGGAAACAAAAAUAUGGGCCAAGAAAUCGUGA